AUGAACAUUUAUCAAAUAAUUUUUCUCAUUGGCUUUUUAUACACUAAGGGUUAUAGUGCGUCGAAUUCAAAUGAUAGAGCUGAUCUCCUUCCACGAUCAGUUAUUGAAUUAAAAAAAUAUUAUGAAAUGGUAGAAAAUUUUGAACAACGUGGAAUUUUAACUGAAGAACAAGCAAGACAAGAAAAGCAAUUGUAUAUUGAACGUGCAUCAACACUGAUUGGUAAAGAUCGAUUAUUGACAACCAAAGAAUUUCUUAAUUAUGAAAAAAAUGUAUUAGCCAUUUCAUUGUCUAACAUUAUCGCUGUAUUAGCUGGAUUAGUCAUUUUUAUUGCCGGAUCAAUUUAUAUAUCAUGCUAUGUUAAGCCAAAUUUAACUAAAAUUUCGAUUGAGACGUGGGAGAAAUUGCUCUAUUGUUUUGCUUUUUCGUUAAUGUUUUUGAAUAAUCAUUCAUGGUUAGUUUUCCUCGGCUGUUUAGCAUCCUUCGCUACGUUAAAGCUAUCAUUUUAUCUUGGUCGUUUCGGUCAACAAACAGAUCGUAAAUUGUCGAUGUCGUUUAUAUUGUCUGUUAGUUGGUCGAUCGUUGCUAUAUAUCAACAAAAUCGUGAAGUUGGUUAUUUAGUUAUUGUACCAUUGGAAAUAUUAUGUAGUCGUAUUAUUCAAAAAGGAGAGUUACCAGCAUUACUUGGAUUUACUAAUCAUACUUUACUACCUUGUAUAACAAUAUCAUCGUUCUUGUUAAUGAUAAUGGGAAUUCUUUUAUAUUUGACACCAAUAAAAUUUUUGACUAGCCGAUUUACUCAACCUUUAUUAUUCAUUGGUUCACUUGUUUAUAUCAUCGGACUGUUUAUUUUAUCGUCUAAAUUCUACGACGGAAGAGUUCAAUAUCAAAAUCUACUGUCUUUAUUACAAAUAUUUACAUUUCUUAAUGGAUUAGGAUUGAUUUUGUUUGCAUCGAUAUUUGAUCUUCUUUUUCUACAAAAUAUAAUAGGAGCAAUGUUUGUCUUCUGGUUGUCAACGAAAUAUAUUGAACGUGCCAAUUGGAAAACAAUAUGGUCAACAGUUAUAAGUCUACUCGGUUUGGGUAUAUUCUUAUACGGAUUUGCUUAUUUUUAUAAAACUAUUUUUUAA